AUGCUGAUCCUAUCCUGUCCUUCCAAGUUGCAACUGCUAGAAGGGAUUUUGCGGAAAUGUCUUCCCCAGACCCUUUCGGUCCAUGGAGCAGUCAUGCACAUAAACCGUGGGAACCCAGCUGGGCAUGAAGUGCUUGUGGAUUCAUGGCCAAAGUUCAAAGCUGUCCUCACUCGGCCAUGCAGAGAGGUUUCCAAAGAUGACUCUGAUUUUUACACCAACAUGUAUGCUGCAUUUUAUCAUGAUCUUGAUGCGUAUCGGACACUGUUGCAGGACUCAGAUGCUAUCAACUGGGCCCAAACCUUCUAUAUACUAGGUAACAGACAACUUCCUACAGGGAAAGGGGAUAGGAAGACCCAACAGCAGUUUUCUUGUGCAAUCCUUAAUGUUCAACCCUUGGCUUUUCAGGAUAUCCAUAUUCUGUAG